GCAGGUACGAGAGCAGUAGCUUCUUUGACCAGUCAACAGACGCGAGCAACAACAUUAAUUGCGGGAAUGAAACAAGAAACUCAACUGAACUUGCUUCAACUGUGCAACAAGUUCUGAGGAAUCUGGAAAUAGCCACACCAAGAAUCCCAGGUUACUUUGCAGCCACCAAAACGACAGUACCUAACAGCAACGGCUCAAACAUUUAUGCCUUUGCUCAAUGUGUUGAGACUCUCACACAAAGCGGUUGCGACAAUUGCUUGAACAUUGCCUUGAGAAAUUUUCAGAUUUGUCUCCCAAACUCAAAUGCUAAGACUUUUGAUUUCGGCUGCUUCAUGAGAUAUUCCACCACUUCCUUCUUUGCUGACAAUCAAACCACUAACAUCAAUCACUUCUUGAAACAAGGAGAUUCAAGCAAGAAGAAGGCCGUUAUUAUUGGUGGAGUCGUUGGAGGAACAUGUUUUAUUUUGAUUAUACUAGCAUUAUUUGCUUUGUAUAUGCGAUCAAAGUCAUCGAAGAUGGUUCCUAAAGGUGAUAUUUUGGGAGCAACUGAGUUAAAAGGCCCUGUUAACUAUAGGUAUAAAGAUCUAAAGUCAGCGACAAAAAAUUUCAGUGAAAAAUAUAAACUAGGAGAACAAGCCUUUGGUGAUUUGUACAAGGGUACUUUGAAAAAUGGAAAGGUAGUUGCUAUCAAGAAAUUGGAUUUAAGCCAAUCCGAACAGAUGGAGAAAGAUUUUGAGAGUGAAGUGAAGUUGAUAAGUAAUAUUCAUCAUCGAAAUAUUGUUCGACUUUUGGGAUGCUGCAAUAAAGGCCAAGAGAGACUUCUUGUUUACGAGUACAUGAAAAACAACAAUGUUGGCCAAUUCUUAUUUGGUGAGAAUAAAGGCUCUCUGAGUUGGAUGCAACGUUAUGCGAUAAUUUUUGGCACUGCAAGAGGUUUGGCAUAUUUACAUGAGGAAUUCCAUGUUUGUGUUAUACAUAGAGAUAUAAAAGCUAGCAACAUCCUAUUGGAUGAUGAUUUUCAACCUAAAAUUGCUGAUUUUGGACUAGCAAGGCUUCUUCCAAGAGACCAAUCUCAUCUUAAUACAAAUUUUGUUGGAACAAUGGGAUAUGUGGCACCUGAGUAUGCAAUGCAUGGACAAUUAUCAGAAAAGGUUGAUACUUAUAGCUAUGGUGUUGUAAUCCUAGAAAUCAUAAGUGGACAAAAAAGUAGUGCAUUGAAGGUUGAUGAUGAAAGUGAAUACCUCCUCCAAAGAGCUUGGAAACUUUAUGAGAGAGGAAUGCAUAUAGCAUUUGUGGACAAAACCUUAGACCCAAACGAGUAUGAUGCGGAAGAAGUAACGAAAAUAAUAGAAAUUGGGCUACUUUGCACGCAAGCAUCUCCUGCAGCAAGGCCAAGAAUGUCUGAAGUUGUUAGAAUGCUCAAAAGAAAGAGCUUAAUGGAGCACAACCAGCCAACUAUGCCUGUCUAUGUUGAUCCUACUUCUUGGCCCAAAAGAGACACUUCUGUCACUCACAGUUCGUCUUCAUCAAAUGCUGUUCUCUCUACUUCCAUUUUAUCAGGAAGGUGAUUUGCUUCACACGCAUGAUCAUACAAUUAGCAACGGAAAAGUAAAUAAAGUGUUCU